AUGCCCUGCCCUCGGCCGCCCUGGCUCCGCCGCCCGCGGGCCCCCCGGGGCUCGGGCCCCAGCACCGCGGGCUCCGCGUGCACCCCGCGCUCCCCCGGCAGGGGGCAGGAUGAGGACGAGGGCGGCGAGGAGGAAGCGGACGGCAGCCCGGGCCCCAUGCUGGCCCCCGCCUCCCCGGCGGAGUGCCUCAUCUGCGUGUCGCCCUUCGACGGCGUGUUCAAGCUGCCCAAGAGCCUGGACUGCGGCCACGUCUUCUGCCUCGAGUGCCUGGCGCGCCUGUCGCUGGCCACGGCGGGCGGCGGCGCGGCGGUGGCCUGCCCGGUGUGCCGCGCGCCCACGCGCCUGGCCCCGCGCCGCGGGCUCCCCGCGCUGCCCACGCAGCUUGGCCUGCUGCCCGGCCCCGCGCGCGCCCCGCCGGCGCCCCCGGGCUCCGUGCGCUUCGACCGCCGGCGCGGCCUGCUCUACCUGCGGCCGCCGCCGCCCGGGUCCGGGCCGCGCAAGGCCCGCGCGCCGCCGCCGCCGCCGCCGCUGCGCCUCGGCCGCCCGCUGUCCCGCCGCCUGUCGCUGGCGCGCUCGGCCUGGCUCUUCCACGCGGCCGUCGUCCUGGCCGUGCUGGUGGCCGCGGGGCUCGUGGUUUCGGGCGUCUACAUCUUCUUCCUCAUCCCGCGCGCCACCACCUCCCACCCCGCGCGGCCCCAGCUCGUGGCGCUCGCUCCGGCCCCCGGCCUCUCCUGGUUCCCGCCUCGGCCCACCGCCCAGGCGCUCCGGACCCCCGGCUGGACGCCGCUCCCCGCGGCCCCCGACCCGGACUCGAGUCCUGACCCGGACGCUGCCCCAUCGGGGGUUUCGGAGGACGCGCUGGAGCCCGAGGGGCUCCCCAAGGACACAGAGACACUUGCUGGGCCCUCGGAGCGCGCGCGGGGGGCGGAGGCUGGCCCUGACCGGACUCCACGGGCACGGGGCGUGGGGACCCGGGGGUAGUCCCAAGGCUCCGCCUGAUCCCCUCAGAGACCUUGGCGGGCGCGGGGCAAGGGCGCCCUGCUCCAGCGAGGCCCAGUGGCUCAUUCCGGGCGUCCUCAGAAGGCAGGGACCCUCCCAAAGAGCAGCCCUGACUGCAGUCCCCAUGGACCACUGCUGGAGAAGCCCCGUGGGUGUCGAGGCCCCGCGGGGAGGCAGAAACGGCCAGGGGUGCCCUUGGUCCCCAUCUCUCCUGGGACUCCAGUCCCCUGGGCAGCAUCCCUCAGGGCCCUGCUAGGGGCACCCCCCAACCCUGAGCCUCAGAAGUGUCCCCCGAGUCAUCAGCGCCCCAGGAGGAUGUUCAGCCCUGGCUGGCACUGGGGCCGCGGUCUCUGAUUUGACUCAUCCUUUGGGCUUUCGCUGGGUCCCUGGCCACGUCUGCGAGUGGCUGGGACCAACCACCCUGCUCGUCCCUGGGCUGGAGUUUGUUUUCCACUCUGCUGCCUGCAGGCUGGGCCUGGGUGGGAUCCAGCCGUCUCCAUGCAGGGCCUGCGUGGCGGCCUUAGGCACCUGGCUGGGGCUGGGGCUGGCGCCCGCCGGGGAGGGGCCCAGGCCUCCCAGAUGGGCUCCCAUCUGGGCCCUUGCUCCCCCUGUGGGGGGUGGCUUCUGGAGUUCUCUAGAAGCCUCCUCUUGUGAGGGCAGCUGUGGUCUGGCUCAGAGCAGCCAAGGUUGCCUCCAGGUCAGGCCGUGUCGGUGGGGAUCUCUCCCGACAUUCCUGGCCUGCCCCAAGAGUUCCUGGCCCCUCUCUCCACCAUGAGCCCCGCAUCUCCACCCGCCGAAUGCUCAGGGUCAGUCUCUGCCCUCCUCCAGGACUCCUUCAGCACCUCGUCAGCACAGAGGGCAAGGGGCCUCCGCCCUCCCUGUGGACGGCAGCUUGCAGGGAGGGGGUCCUCCUCCCAGAAGCCUUCCUGAAUUAUCACAGUGGGGCAGACGGCAGCCCCUCGCCACACAAACUGGACCAGGGCCUUCUGUCUCCCCCGCAGGCCCUGGGGCCCCGGUCUGCCUCACAUCACCCAGCGCUGGCAUGAUGUGCAGCAGAGUGGCGUCCAGCAUUUUCCAGGGAGAAAUGUCACUUCUUUGGGGAUGGGGGUGCCUGGUUGAUUGUUUACAUGUGUGUCCUCAGGACCUGGCACACAACGGGUUCCGAAUAGCCCUGUAGGGAGGGACAGCCCUGCAGGGACUGCUGCGGGCACCUCGGUUCACCUGGCUCUGGGCAUCUUCACCCAGGUGUGUCAGCAGAGCUGCUUCCGAUGGGAUCUGCUGCUUCAUCUGAGGGAGUGUCUCCCUGGACCAGUUCCUGUCCAACAUCUGGGCCAAUGAGGCCUGCAGGGGCCUGGGCCAGGGUGCUGCGUCACAGAGCAGGCCCAGCAGGCCCACAGGGAGGAGACUGGUCAGGCAGGAGCAGGGCUGACUGGUGGUCUGUAUAGGUUUGCCCAGCUGCUGCAACAAAUCACCACUGACUCAGUUCCUUCCAACAGCACAUGGUAGUUCCCUUCCUCACUUUCCUGCUGCACUGUUCCUGAAAAGGACACCAGGAUUGCAGUGAGCCCACCCGGAUAGGCGAGGACAUCUCCAACUCCAUACCCUUCAUUUCAUCACCUCUGUAAAGUCCAUCUUUACUGUGAAGUAACAGAUUCACAUUCUAGGUAUUCGGGGGCCAUUAUUCAGCUUUCAUAGGGUCUCAAAUAUCAACCUCCUCAUCCCUCACCUCCUCCACUACAGGCUGGGAAGAGUUGAGGUGAUGGCAUAGAAUGAGCAGAAGUGGGCCCAUCCCCGGGGGUGCUCAGAAAGGGGUCCUUGGCUGUCAGGUGCACAGAAGAGAAAGAGAUGAUGCUUUCUGCCUGAAGGUGCUCAAGGAAGGCUGCCUGGAGGAAUAGUACCUUCAAGAAUGCUCAGGGGAGGGGACUUCCCUGCUGGUCCGGUGGUUAAGACUCUCAGCUCCCAAUGCAGGGGGCCCAAGUUCGAUCCCUGGUCAGGGAACUAGAUCCCACAUGCUGCAACUAAGACCUGGUGCAGCCAAAUAAAUGAAUUAAAAAAAAAAAAGAAUGCUCAGGGGAGCGUCAUCUGGCACUGAGGCAGGGGGACCUGAGGGAGGGAGCUGGUGGCUUAGGGCAGCUGGCAGGGCUGGCUCCUCCUUGUGAAGCAGAGCAGGAUCUUGCUCCCAGACCUUGUUAUCUGCCUGCCCUUUGCCUGUGGAUAAGUCUAGUCCAAGAAGAAAUUUAAUCAGGGAAGUGAGAAACAAAGGAAAACAGUCUAAGGAGACUAAAUAAUAGUGAUGCCGUCAUUAAGUGUAUUCAAGGGCCUCCAGCUCUUUCUCAAGGGCUGUAGACAACAUUCUGAGCCAUAUCCUGUGAGCUGUCUUACAGACACCAACACACCAGCUGGAGAAGUUGGUCACCAGGUACGUGAUGACCAGACUGUACCCAGGGCUUGAGCUGCCACAGUUCCGAGAAUUGAUCACAAAGAAUUGGGAACAAGUGCACCCAGGACGGAAUAACUGUACUUAAAACAACCAAGAUGAUGCUGGUCAGACCACUGAUGACCAAUUUGAAGCGGACUGUUAGAGAUGAUGGUGCUGUUUCUGCAUGUUGUCCCCCCACCCCGACAACUUUGUCUAUAAAAGCUCUCACUGCCUGCUUGUCAGAGGGUUGAGUUGGCCUUUGGACAGAUGGCUGCCACCCUCUCCUCCACUUGCCAGCAUCUGAAAUAAAGCAAACUUUCCU